ACGACUGAAUACAGUGUUAAAAUUAUCAUUUUCAUAUAACAAAACACAUAUUUCAUUCAAUUAUCAUGCUUCAACUCACUUCAUGGACAAAUAUUGAUUUAUCGUUCUUGAAUGUCACAGUGACUUUUGGCGCGCUUUUUCGAAUAAUAUUGCUUUUUGAAGAUUUUGCUGAAUCCACUGCAUCUGUCUACAUAUUACAAAGUAGAUCAAACAGUACUGCGACUACAUAGCGAUGAAGAGUUAAAAUCAUCCACGUUGUUGGAUCUUACACUUAAUUUUGCCGCACGUUUGUGCAAAUUGUCAAUGCAAAAUGGCGGAGCAUGCACCACAUGGGAAACAACAGAGAAAUAUGCAAAGUGCUUAUACUAUUUUCGGGCCUUAGAAAGGAUGUCAAAUUAUUUGUAGGGAUUAUUUUAUGAAUUAUCUUUCUGAUUACUAACCUUUUGAAAAAGAAUGAGUGAAAAACGGGCUUGAUCUGACAGCACUUUGUUCAGCCCUCUGACCUCGAGAGUUCGAUGGCGCAAGAAAUGCACUCCGCGCAAGAACACCACAACAAAGGCCAAUAGGAAUCAUGGGACAUGUUUCUCCUCCCCCUUUUCUUUUCAAAUUGAUAAAAAGCAAGAUAUCAAUGUUUGUCUGUUAGAAGUUUCUUUUGUUGACAUAAAGAGCUUUUUGUCAGGAAUAUUUCAGUCUUUCUUGUAAGGCACGUGGGUCAAACGUGCAGCUGUGUUUGCCUGACAUUUCCUAGCUUGAUUCCUGGCUUGAGUUACAUGUUAUAUGCAAAUUACCUUUGUUUAUAAACAAAAUGAAAGCAGAAAAGAUAAUAAGGUUAAAAGGGAAACAGAAAUCAUUUUUUAAUUAAUCCUCUUGGACUUCCAUGUAUGAAUUGUCUCUAUAAUUCGGGAAAAUACGACGGAAAAUUCGUCUUGAACGGAAUUGCGUUUCUUCCUCAUCGUCUGGAAUACAACGUCCGACCUCAGGUCUGGUCCGACCUGCAAGAAAGAUGAUUUGAUUCAGAUUCAUUGCGUGACGCUGCAAAAAUUUUGAUGACAGAUUACUAGAUGUCAAAGUGACAAUUGGGGUACGUCAACAAUCUUCACAAAACAACCAAUCGAGCGUAUACAAAGGCUAACAACAGGCGAUUAGUAUGUAAAACGAACCGCAAAGAUAAUUUUUUGCUAUCCAAGAAUAAAUCCAUUACUUUUUAAAAAAAAUGCCCAAUGAAAAAUUGCGCAACUGGUGAAUAUCAAUUUUCGCGCGAAUUUCACAAUGACAUGCGCUUUCAUCAUCUACGUCAUCACCAAGAACUCAACUCUACAAAAUAAAUACGUCGAUUCACUGAAGUUUGAUUUAUGUUUUAUGCAUGACAAACUCUCAUUAUCGUUCUUUCUUUCAUACUCAAGUGAUCACUUGUACAGUCUUUUGAUUGUCCUAGGAGAACUGUGUCCAUGAAGCCGCUAACAUUGUACAAACUUAACCGUGAUUGGAUUCUUUGCAUUGCAUCUAUUACGUCUAACUACGUCUUGAGUCUUUGGUGAUAACUAGCGUCAUAAAAUAGUAAUAUCAAGACGAUUAUUCAACCGACAAGACAAAAACUUCACAUUUUACGUUAAUGUCAAAUGCGUUGAUAUCUUUAUUACGUAGUAAAAAGCUUUUGGGUUUCUUAUUUAUUUAGUGUUUUCACAGGAGCAUAAAUUCAUAAAAUUGACCUCUGAAAGGGACAUGCGAGCUUAGGCAACUCAAGAAUUUCGUAGCGAAGGGAUCAUUUUCAUAAUUAGCCUACAAUGACAGAUCUUCGUCACAAAUCCAAAGAAUUAGCAAAGGAUAAUUCUAUCAACCACGAGCUUCGUGAAGCACGUAUACCGGAAGAUAGCGACUUGCAGGAGAGUGAAUUCACAUGUGGACUUUUGACAUGGCGAAGCAAAGUUCUUCAACGUUUCGCGCGACCCGGAUGGUUCCUCGUUUUUCAGUGCUGGUUUGUCCUAGCACAAGGAAUGAUUGUAUCAGGUUUAACUGGUGUAGUAAUAUCGUCCUUAGAGAAACGAUUUUUUUUGAAGACGAGUCAAGUUGGUGCAAUUUCUAGUUGCUAUGACAUUGCAGCAGCAUUAAUGGCAAUCAUUGUCAGUUACUAUGGUCAUUACCACAAACCCAAAUGGCUGGGCUGGGGGGCAGUAAUUUUAAGCAUUGGAUGCUUUCUGUUUGCUUUGCCGCAUGUAUUAGUCGGUAAAUAUAUUCCAAGUGGCAAUGAAAARGACCUCUGUAUUGCUAAUGCUACAAGCACUUUAUCACCGCAACCUCCAACCUGUCAUAGCUCAUCAUGGUAUAUCAUUAUAACAUUUGUAAUUGCUGAAUUCUUUAUUGGUGUGGGUGCUACGCCRGUUUAUAUUCUAGGGCCAUCGUAUAUUGAUGAAAAUGUUAAACAUACUACUUCUGGAGUAUUUUUGGGUACUAUGUAUGCAAUAGCGACRAUUGGACCUGCUUUAGGGUAUUUGCUUGGUGGAAAGUUCCUGGAAAUCUUUGUUGAUUUGGAACAG